AAAAGCGUCUCUGAUGCGGUUUGGUUUGUUUUUCAGACGCGCAGCGCGUUGACUACAUAAGCCCGCAUAUAGGAAGCGUCAAUGGAGGAACGAGAAUCACCAUAUUCGGAGAAGGUUUUGCCCAGGAGAGACAGUUCCAGCUGAAUCCAACCAACCCGAACUUUGGCAACCAUGUGACCAUGGUGUCGGACACCUUGUCCGUCCCCUGUGACGUGGAGAGAGACUCCACACACGCCAAUCAGAUCAUGUGUUACAGCAGGCCCAUGCCGAGUGGUCAGUAUGUGGUCCAUGUCAGUGUGGACGGUGUCCCCUUUCCUGACAGCAGUAUAUGCAGAGGGGCGUACAAACCUUAUCACUGCAGCUUCUAUACUGUCUGGUAUCGCACGCCUACCAUCUACUCCCUGAGUCCAGUCAGUGGUCCCCCAGGCACCUUGGUGACCAUACGAGGACGAAUCUACACUGACGUAUACGGAAGCAACACGCAGAAGAGCUCCAAUGGCCUCAACGUCAGAUUUCUGAGAUCCUACAUGGGCGGGAUGCCAUGCGAGCUGCUCAAACUGAACUCAGAUGAACUAUAUAACCUCCGCCUGGACUCUGAAUCUUCUCAUUGGGGGUACAUGAGCUGCAAAAUGACGGGGACGUACGUUGGGCAUCACAACUUGAGUUACAUUCUUGAUGAUAGUUUUGGAAGGAGUUUACCAGACAAGAAACUGUACAGGGUUUCAGGUUUGGACAAGCUCUCCAUGUUUCAGACCUUUGCUGAGGUGACCGGAGUGUCUCCAUCCAAGGGCAGUGUCCUGGGUGGAACCCUGCUGACCGUCCACGGCCGCUUCUUCGACCAAACCGAUCGCCCAGCUCGUGUUCUCGUUGGAGGCCUGCCUUGUGAAAUUCAGAGUGUGUCUGAUGACAGAAUUACAUGCAGGACUGCCAGGCACAUUAUGAACAACAACAUGACAGUCUACCCAGGUGGAAGAGGCUUGAAAAUGGAGGUGUGGAACGACACAAGACCCCGUACCCUACCUGACAUUCGCAACUACAAUGAGAACACAACUGGAUACUGGACGCAGUGGACCGACUCCAUGCCCCAAGUCUUUCCUCUUGAGUUGAAUUAUUUCAGCACAAGAUCCACAGGCUUCUUUGUCCCUCCGACCAGCGGCAACUACACGAUUUACCUUCAGUGUGAUGACCGAUGUGAGCUGUACCUCAGUAACUCCAGCCGCCCAGAAGAUAAGGUUAAAGUUGCUUACCAGCCAUAUUAUGUGAGAGAAAUCACAAGUCUGGACUCACAGAAGUCUGAAGUAAUGGCCCUUGAGGGGGGGAAAUACUACUACCUGGAACUUCUGCAUCAAGAAUACGGCGGUGCAGCUACUUUCAACAUUGCCUUGUUCAAAGAGGAGAGUUCCUUUACAGAAGAGCAGACAGACGAUGCCGUCAACGAGGUUCAGCACAUCGUGGCUGAUUAUGAUGUGUUCGAUGAGGAACAGGUGCUAACCUUUCAAUCCUGGCCUAGCAAUGUUGCUGUAGUCAAAGAGGUCCAGAAGAUUACUGUCAGCAGCGACUGUUCCAGCAGUCUUUGUGGGAGCACCUUCUAUAGUCUGGGCUACGGAGCUGCACAAACUGAACCCAUUCCAGUCAGUGCCUCAGCAGCUAUGGUGGAAGCAGCUUUGAACAACCUUUGGUCCAUCAAACCUGACACGGUCCAAGUCACAAAACAGGACCAUAGCCAAGGAUCUCACUACACAGUCACAUUCGAUUCUGACAGAGGGGAUUUCGAACCUCUUCACUAUGAGGUUUUUGGCUUCGACACCAACAUAACUGUUACUGAAGUUACAAAGGGGAGGAGCAACAUGAAGACCUUCACUUUGCUCUGGGCGGGAAUCCCAACAAAGCCCAUCGCCUACAAUGCAACUGAGUCUGAGGUGCAGUCGGCUCUGGAGGACAUGAUGAAAGCCGAGUGUCCUGGUGAGAUCCUGACCGAGGAAGGUGCUGAUGUGACGUACUUCAAUGACUAUGAACAUGACAACUCUCAGUUCAAUAGCGCCCAGGAAGGGACUCCAGUGAAAUACUCUGGUUUCUGUGGUCAGUGGUCGCUGAAGAACGCUGAGGUUCUUUUCAAAGACAGUUACACCAAAGAGUCUGGUGGCACCUACGGACCAGUUUCAUUGGACAGGCAUCCCAUGCUUUGUUUUGCAUACAAGGGAAUGUUGAAGAAUCAAGUCGGGGUGAAGUUCACUUAUGUCAACAGCCAAGGCAAAACCACAACAGAGACCGCAACCAUCAAUACUCUCUUCACUCAGAGCCACAAAUGGAGUUACAAAUGCAUCGACUUGCAGAGUUCCCUGCAGGCAGAAUACAUUGGAAGCAGAUACAGUAUGCUGGAGUUCUACCUCUACAAAGACCCGUCUGGUGUAGAUUUCUAUGUGGACGCUGUUCACAUCGGAAAGAAUCCCACCGCGAGUGAUGAGAACGCUGUUCCCCACAAGAGGAGGCCUCCACCUUUUGAGAGCUCUGGUCAUUCCUUCGAGGUGAUCGCUGUUAGCAAAGACACAUCAAGUGGUUCACAGAUCAGCUACGAGAUCAAAGCAACACCAUUUGAAUGUGCCUUUGGGUUCCCACUGCUGGGAGUCGGCUUCCUGCAGAUGUCCAACAGCAGCGAGGACAUGACCGAGUACAGCGAGGGAGCGGCCACCGUCACUGUCACUCGUCCUCACAGAGCAACUCCUCCUCUGAAUGGCUCCUUUGAUGUGGAGAUUUAUGGAGGCCGAGCUGAAGGUCUGUCAGUGGACAUCAGCGAGGAGGAUCUGAAAUACGCUCUCGAGGGAAUCGCAGGCAUGGGUCAGGUCAGCGUUAAAUGGCAGGGAAGCUGCAGACGCCCCAAGUGGAGGGUCGAGUGGCUUACUAAUCCUGGAGACCAGCCUCUGAUGCAGGUUGAUGGCUCGUCAGUUGUCGGGGGAAACGUAGAUAUGCAAGUCCGUGAGAAGAAGAAGGGAGGAUUGCUGAUGCGAAGCCUAUCAGGAGACCUCUUUCGUGUCUGUGAAACCAAACCACAGGUGGAGGUUUACAUCAAUGGCAUUCCCUCCAAGUGCUCUGGUGACUGUGGGUUUGAAUGGUCUGAGGACAGCACUCCGGUUGUGACUGGAAUCAGCCCAUCUCAAGGAUCUGAUGGCCUGGGGACUCUUUUGACUAUCACUGGGACUGGCUUCAGCAGUGAAAAUGCCUCCAUCUUUGUGGGAGAGGCCAGGUGCCAUGUUGAACAGAUCACCGCUACCACUCAGGUGUGCAGACUGGGCAGUGCCAGCGCUGGUACCUACCCUGUGUGGGUCAGCUUCCCCUCUUUGGGGAAUUCACGCUACGAAGACGGCAACAUGCUCCACUUCACGUAUCAGCUCGUUGUUUCUUCUUUCUCUCCGCUCUCUGGAAGUGUAGCAGGAGGCACACUGCUGACACUGAGAGGUUUUGGCUUCAGUCAGAACACCGCGGUUGCUGUCGGCAGUGAGGAGUGCGCAGUGGUCCAUGCCAGUGCCGUUGAGCUGAAAUGUAGAACUCCAGCAGGAGCUGCAGGAUCACAGACCGUCACAGUGAUGGUGGGAAACAUGAGUCAGACAGCCAGCAGCUCUUUCACCUAUGAUACUAACCUCACGCCACAGAUCUCAUCCCUGAGUCCCAGCACCACUACUGUGAUUGGACAUCGAGUUCUCUCCAUCCAGGGUUCAAACCUGGGAGUACUGGCCAAUGACAGCAUGGUUUUCGUAGGCGGGGAGGAGUGCGUCACCGUGCAAUGGACACCGACCAACAUCACCUGUCUUCUCCCUGUGCUGCCGCCUGGCCUGCACAGGGUGGAUGUACAGGUUGGAAACAAUGGCUACCCGCAGUCAAGCGGUGUGAACACCACCGUUGAAUACAUCCUGGAAGUCCACAGCAUCUCUCCACUGUUCGGCUCUUUAAUGGGAGGAACCAGGCUGACUAUUUCUGGAUCUGGUUUCAGCAACAAUGCCUCCGACAACAAAGUCUCCAUCGGACGAGCCGAGUGCGAAGUCAGGGCCGCCUCGGAGAACGAGCUGCAGUGUGUUAUGCAGUCGGAGGAGGAGACCCACAUUGUCACCAACCAGGGAUCUCACCACAUUUAUGGACAGGGAUAUGCAUGGAGUCCUUCCUCACUGACGGUGUUCGUUGGAGACACAGUAUGGUGGCGCUGGGAGGCUCCACAAUUCCAGAGUGUCGGGUACCGGGUCUACAGUGUGUCCAGCCCAGGUAGCACCACCUACGAAGGGGGUCCAUUCAACAGUGGAGACACCAAGACUGCCAAAGGGUCUUUCAGCUAUCGAUUCACUGCGCCUGGUGUGUAUUACUACAGCAGUGGCUACAUAGAUGAAGCCAAUGCCAGACUGUUGCAGGGAGUGGUGCGAGUCAUGCCACGGGAUGAUAAGAGCAGCAGGAUUUCUGUCAGCGUGGGAGGCGUGGAGGCCAGAUAUGUGCCAGGAGGUUCCCGUCGUAUUUCCAGAGAAGCACAACAAUGCGUUGCCUCCUCGCCAUGCCAACAGACCAAUGAGACUUCAGACGGCCUAACCUUCAGUACCGCCGCCUGCACCACCCCCACGGUCCACUCCAUCUCUCCCAAUCAGGGGUCAUACCACCAGGUCAUCCACAUUCAGGGCACUGGAUUCAGCGACACUGCCUGCGCUAUUGAGGUGACAGUCGGAGGUCAGCCCUGUCAGGUGAUCAACAGCACUCACUCUGAGAUCAACUGCCGUCUCAGCUACGACAGCGAACUUCCCAUCGGUGUCGCUCACCCCGUGGCCGUCAGGGUCAACAACCUCGGCGAUGCCGUCAUCGCUGUACCAAAUGAGCUCGGCCGCCGUUUUGUGCUUCUGCCUGUGGUCGAUUUGGUCUCACCUCCCAUCGGCAGCCCCACCGGCCACACACGCCUCUUCAUCCACGGCUCCGGUUUUUCGCAAGGACAAGUGACUGUCGCCAGUGAGCCGUGCGCUGUCGUGUCAGUCAAUUACACUUGUAUCACCUGCGACACCUCUCCUUCUCAGCCUCACGCCGGUGACGUUGUCUUCCACGUGGGCAGCAUCCAAAGCUCCUGUCAUUCAAACUGCUCCUUCAUGUACUCUUCCUCCGUCACUCCCACGGUCACCGGUAUUUCCCCCGAGAGCAUCAGCGAUCCAACCACCGUCACCAUCUCUGGCUCAGGGUUUGGCAGCCGCGUGGAUGGCGUGGCCGUGUUUGCGAGCAGCAGGGAGCUGGAAGUGACCGCCGUGACUGAUGACAGCAUUUCACUGAGGGUCAGCGCUCUGCCUGCUGGCGACCACCCAGUCACAGUGAUUGUGAGAAGUAAAGGCCUUGCCUCCGGUUCCAUCGCCCUGAGCAGCCUUGCCCAAGCCUCCCUCAGCCCCAGUGUGGGCAGCCUGGCAGGAGGAACCUCUCUUGUCUUCAGUGGGAACGGCUUUGCUCCAGGGGACACCAGCGUGACGGUCGGCGGCCAACCCUGCCAGAUCCAGGAGGUGACGCCGGGUUUGCUCCGCUGCCUGACGCCUCCUCACAGCGAGGGACAGGUGACCGUCGUCAUCCAGGUCUUUUCAUUGUCGUAUCCUCCUCUCAGCUUCACCUACUCCGCAGCCCACACUCCUGUCAUCAGCUCCAUCAGUCCCACCACUGGGCCGAGCGGCGCGGUCGUCACGCUGACAGGUGCAGGAUUUGGCACCGACUCCCAGCUCGUCUCGGUCACCAUAAACCACGUCUCCUGCAACGUGUCCACUGUGUCCGACACACAGGUUGAGUGCACUGCAGGAGACAACCCAGGGGGGGCGUACCCAGUCGUGCUGCAUCACCAGGUCAAAGGUCAUGCCCAGUCAAAUGUCAUGUUCACGUAUGAGCUGACGCUGAGCGGCGUGCAGCCUAACGAGGGCAGUUUCGGUGGCGGUGCUCUGCUGUCCGUGCACGGUUCUGGGUUUGACCCUCACAACUCCACUGUGACGAUCUGCGGGGAGGAGUGUUUAGUUCACAGAGAAAUGUCGACAUCCAGCCGCUUGUACUGCAGGUCUCCGUUCAACAACAGCACUCAGUCGGAGCUGAGCUGCGUGGUCGCUGUCCAUAACCAGCUGGAUGCCGUCGACAUAUCAAAUGGCUUCACCUACAAAUCUCAGUUGACUCCGGUGAUCAGUGAUGUGUCUCCACGCAGGGGAGGCACUGCUGGAGGCACCCGGCUCACAAUCGCUGGCUCCGGUUUCAGCGCCAACAUGAAUGAAGUCAACGUGACCAUCGCGGGGUCUGUGUGUGACGUCCAGUCCACCAACAGCACACACAUCAUCUGUGUGACAAACGCUCAGCGACAGUCUCAGGAAACCAAAGUCAGAGUCAGCAUCGGAAACCAAGGCAUCGCCAGGAUGGACAAUGCAGAUUUCUUCUACAUUGACGUGUGGUCGUCCAGGUUCACGUGGGGUGGUCUCUCUCCGCCCGAAAAGGGCUCAUUUGCCGUCAUCACUAAAGGCCAAACCAUCCUGCUAGACGUCAGCACCCCAGUGCUGAAAAUGCUGCUCAUUCAAGGGGGGACGUUGCUGUUUGACGAAGCUGACAUCGAGCUGCAGGCAGAGAACAUCCUGAUCACAGACGGCGGACGACUCCAGAUUGGCCAGGAGGGGGCGCCAUUCCAGCACAAAGCCAUCAUCACACUUCACGGAAACUUGCGCUCACCUGAACUUCCUGUUUAUGGAACCAAGACGCUGGCUGUCAGAGAGGGAGUGCUGGACCUGCAUGGUAUUCCAGUUCCCGUCCCCUGGACCCACUUGGCCCAGACGGCGACCAGUGGCUCCGUCACACUGACCCUGAUGAAGGCAGUCACGUGGAAAGCUGGAGAUGAAAUCGUGAUUGCAUCUACUGGUCACAGGCACAGCCAGAGAGAAAACGAGGUGAGAAAGAUCGCUGCAGUGUCAGCCGAUGGCAUGACUCUGACACUGACUGAACCACUCGAGUACACUCACCUCGGGGUGACCGUCACACUGCCCGAUGGGACGAAGUUUGAGGGCCGAGCUGAGGUGGGUCUCCUCACCAGGAACAUCGUGGUACGAGGCUCACAACACCAAGAAUGGAACGACCAGAUCGAAGCCUGUCCCGAUGGCUUCAACACAGGUGAAUUCACCACCCAAACGUGUUUCCAGGGAAGGUUUGGAGAAGAAGUCGGCAGCGAUCAGUUUGGAGGUUGCAUCAUGUUCCACGCUCCCAGACCAAAUGAGAAUCUUGCCAUCGGCAGACUGGAAUAUGUUGAGGUCUUCCAUGCAGGACAGGCCUUUAGGCUGGGACGUUAUCCCAUCCACUGGCAUCUGAUGGGAGACAUCAACUACAAGUCAUAUGUGAGGGGUUGUGCUAUCCAUCAAACAUUCAACAGGGCCGUAACCAUUCACAACACGCACCGGCUGUUGGUGGAGCACAAUGUCAUCUACAACAUUAUGGGUGGUGCCUUCUUCAUUGAGGACGGCAUUGAGACAGAAAACAUCCUGCAGUAUAACCUGGCUGUGUUUGUCAAACAAAGCACCAGUCUGCUGAACGACGACGUCACUCCUGCGGCCUACUGGGUCACCAAUCCCAACAACAUCAUCCGCCACAACGCUGCUGCGGGGGGCACCCACUUCGGCUUCUGGUACCGCAUGCAUGAGAACCCCGAUGGCCCAUCUUUUGACAGGAACAUCUGCCAGAAGAGGGUUCCCCUGGGUGAAUUUUACAAUAACACUGUCCACUCUCAGGGGUGGUUCGGACUUUGGAUCUUCGCAGACUAUUACCCCAUGAAGGAUGGAGGCUGCCGCUCCAGAAAACCUGAACCUGCUGUCUUCCGCUCACUCACCACCUGGAACUGCGAGAAAGGUGCUGAGUGGGUCAACGUGGGCGCCGUGCAAUUCAACGGGUUCAUCAUGGUCAACAAUGAGAAAGCCGGCAUUGAAGCCAAGCGCAUCUUUCAGUGGGCUGUGAGUGGCUUUGGAGAGGAUGGAGGGGCGACGGUGUCCAACAGCACCAUCGUGGCUCACGUGGAUGAGCUCGAACUGGGAGCCGACUAUUGCACACGCCGAGGCGUCAUCGCACCAUUGGACGAUGGCCUGAGUGUCCUUAACACCAAGUUCAUCAACUUCAAUCGCGGCUCUUGUUCAGCCAUUGGGGUCGCCUCAAUCGACGGGACGUGUGUGGAUCGGUGUGGUGGUUGGGCUGUCAGGUUUGCUGGUAUCGAGUACUUGAACUCACCCAACAAGGCUGGCUUCAGGUGGGAGCAUGAGGUGCAGCUGGUAGACACUGAUGGCUCCCUCACAGGAAAUAUCAACCACAAAGUCGUGCCAGCGAGCCCCUUGCUGGACUCUGCUCACUGUUUCCCGAGUGCCGAGUGGAGCGUGGGUUUCCCCGGUGCUGUGUGCGACCAUACCGUCAACUUCCAUCGCCUGGCGUUCAACAAUCCAUCACCGACAUCUCUGCAGGCCAAGGAUGUCAUCCUAACCAACUCACAUGGCACCAGUGUGAUUCCUUAUCUGAAGAAGAGAAUGACUCACAAGUUAGGUUGGAUGGCCAUGCUGCCCUCUGGACAAACAUACAACUGGUUCUUUAACGACAUGGACCACCUCACCAACAUCACUUACAGUGCAAAAUUCUACGGCUUCAAGUCAGAUCAAUAUGUGAUCAUCAACCACAACUUCACCCAGAGUCCAGACAAGUUCAACAUCAUCGAUGAGAGGAACGGCUCAUCCACACCGCUCACCUUCGGUGAUAACAACAACGGGGACUGGUACUUUGACGACAGCUCCAACAACCUCUACUACAUCAUAUCUGGGAAGACGAGCCAGCGUCGGCGUCGUGACAGCGUUGAUCGCUCCAUGAUGGACUCCGUGGUGAACUUGAGAGUCUUCCGCUGCUUCUACCCCAACUGCAUCCCACCCACACCACCGCCUCCAGCCACGCUCGCCCCCUUACCCACCGGCCGCCCUGACGACUUCAUUCUGUGGUCUAAUUCCUCCUUCUGGGAAAGUUCAGCUGAAAAUAACUUCACUGCACCAACAGAGGGCGCUGAUGUGGUCAUCCCAUCAGGAACGUGGGUUGUUUUGGACAGCAACACUCCUCCCCUCAACAAGCUGACGGUCGUCGGAGUCCUAGAGAUUCCCGACACCAUGAACAGCUCGUCCAGCAGACAGGUUCGGGCCGCACCUGAAUACAACACCGUGGUGCUGGACGCCGUGUACAUCUCUAUCCAGGGCGGCAGGCUGGUUGCAGGACGGGAUGACGAUCCCUUCAGAGGUCGGCUGCACAUCAAACUGAGAGGGAACCACCGCACACCUGACUGGCCUCUGCCUAACGGACCCAACCAGGGAUCCAAAGUCCUAGGAGUGUUUGGCACUCUGGAGCUCUAUGGACAACCUCACAAUGUUUACCACACCAAACUCGCUGCCACCGCCGCUGCUGGAUCCGACACUCUGACCCUGACGCAGUCCGUGGACUGGCAGGUUGGAGAUGAGGUUGGCAUCUCCACCACCAGCUACAACCCAUGGGAGACAGAAAAACGCCAGGUCACCGCCGUGUCAGCCGACGGCCGCGUGCUGACCCUGGACCGGCCUUUGACCCACACCCACAUCGGUGAGACUCACUCUGUCUCAGGUACGUCGUUCUCCUACACGCUGGCGGCCGAUGUUGGUCUCCUGACCAGAAACAUUAAGAUCAUCGGUCAGGAGUAUCCAGAGAUGAUGCAGGAGUCGUUCGGAGCCAGACUUCUGGUGGGCAGCUACUCCUGGGCUGGAAUCGAUUACAAAGGCCAAGCUCAGAUCAGGAACGUGGAGUUUUUCCACUCUGGCCAGGAAGGCUGGACUGACUACAGCGACCCUCGUUACUCUGUGGCCUUCCUCAACCUGGGAGAGGUUUCAGGAGACGAGUCGUACAUUCAGGGAUGUGCUUUCCACGACGGCUUCUCUCCAGCCAUCGGAGUCUUUGGGACAGAGGGACUGAACGUGGACGAUAACGUCGUCCACCACACGGUGGGAGAAGGUAUCAGAAUCUGGGGCGACAAGGUAACAGUGAGGAGGAACCUGGUGAUGAUGACGCUGUGGCCUGGAUCAUAUCAGGACAGAGAGGAGCCCUUCAACUACGCCUGGAACGCUGCCAUCGAGGUCAACGAGGGCACAAACGUUGUGCUGCAGCAUAACAUCGUGGCGGGUUACGAGAGAGUCGCUUAUCGCAUCGAUGGUGAACCGUGUCCAGGGUAUUUGAACGAGAAUGAGAAGUGGAUGCACAACGAGGCUCACGGCGGUCUGUUCGGAGUCUACCUGAACAAAGACGGUUUGCCCGGCUGCAGCCUCAUCCAGAACUUCUUCGUCUGGAGGAGCUUUGACUACGGCAUCUACUUCCAGACCAUCAUGAACAUUAUUGUUUCCAACGUGACCCUGGUGGACAACGGGAUGGGCGUCAUGUCUCUCAUCUUCGCUCCGCCCUCUCUCUCUCACGCAUACGCCGACAAAACUGCACACAUUCAGAAUGCCUUGAUUGUUGGGAGCAGCCCGAACUUCAACUGUUUGGACACUGUGCCGUCCAGUGACUUCAAUAUUAUCAACAGCAAUGACCAUCGAGCACCAAGACCUCUCAAUGGUGGCAGAUCUGGAAUUUGCUGGCCGACUUUUGGAUCUGGACACAAUACAGCUCCAAAGAAGCCCCAUCAUAAGAACAACAACUACAACGCCAUCAAAGGACUGAUGACAGUCAAAGACACGACAUUUGCAGGUUUCGGAAAUGUCUGCUCAAGCGAGACAGACUUCAUGUUCAUGACCAACCCAAUCAACGAGGACCUGCAGCACCCUGUGUAUGUUUCAGGCAUAAAGAUGGUUGACAGCACAGAGGAGGCCAAAGUCUUCAUCCACAGGCCUGAUGUGAGUAAAGCGAACCCGGCUGACUGUGUGGACAUGGACUGCGACGCCAAGAAGAAGAGCUUGCUGAAGGACUUGGACGGCUCGUUCCUGGGUGCAGUGGGAACUGUGGUGCCCCAGUCUGAGUAUGAGUGGGACGGCGAUCCCAGGAGAGGGCUGGGCGACUACCGCCUCCCCAAAGUCAUGCUCACUUUCCCCAACGGCAGCCGCAUCCCUGUGAACCAGAUUGCUCCACACAAAGGUGUGAUCAGGAAAAACUGUGUGUACAUGAGUACCUGGCAGAGCUACAAGUGUUUCGGGCUGAACUACAGGAUGCUGGUGAUCGAGAGUCUUGACGCCGACACAGAGACAAGGCGUCUGUCCCCCGUCGCUGUCCUCGGAGACGGCUUUGUGGAUCUGAUCAACGGUCCUCAGGAUCACGGCUGGUGUUCGGGUUACACCUGCCAGAAGAGAGUGUCUCUCUUCCACAGCAUCGUGGCCACUGGUCACUCCUUCGACGUCUUCUUCACCAGCGUCAGCCCUCAGAAACUUCGCCUCAUGAUGCUCCACGCUGAUCCAUCCGAGAGUAUCGUGGUCUCAGUCUUCUACUCCAAGCCACAGCGGUUGGAUGUGUACGUGGACAACAAGCUGGUCGCUCCGACUAACGCUGAGUGGAACGCUGACAGCACCGACUACACCCUGAAGAGGCCCAUUUAUGCAGGUCAGUAUGUCCCCAAAAUGAAUGCCACUUUGGGAACCAACUACUUCGACCAGGAGUACAAGAUGCUGAAGGUCUUGGUGAGAGGCUCCAAUCCAGUGGAGAUCCGAACAGCCCCGGUUCUCUUCCUUGCCUUUGAGCUGCCCGCCAUGACUGAGGACGAGUUCUUUGGAGACAACCUGGUGCAGAACCUUGCUGUGUUCCUCAAAGUUCCCCCGAAUAUGAUUAGAAUCACCAACAUCAUCCGAGAGGAUGCAGGCGCACGGCGCAGGAAGAGGUCGACGGGCCUGAAGGUGGAGAUCGAGAUCAAGAAGCCUCCAGUCCAGCAAACCACAAACACCACCAAUGAUGAGGAGGACUUUGCGUUGUUGAAGAAUAUUGCUGAUGAUCUGGGUCAGGCGGCAGUUUCCGGAAAUCUCAGCAAGUCCAUCGGCUUCAACGUGUCUUCUAUGGGCAUCGUUCCUCCGCCUCCUCCAUCAUCUGACCCCAGCUGGAAUGAGGAGGCCUCUUCAGAAGUGACAAGGGAGGAGCCCAAAGUGAGCUACGUGUCCAGCGUGGAAAACCUGCUGCUGGUGGUGGAGCCGAUAGCUGGGGAGUUUGUGGGUCCUCUGUACCAGCAGCCCAGGCUCAUGGCUGUGGACAAGCAGGGUAACUGUGUCUCUGUGGGCGUGACGACUCUCACUGUAACAGCCAGCCUGAAGGACUCGAGCGGGAACAGCGUAGGCGGACUGGACGGAAACACCACCAUCCUGUUCAGCACCUGCUGGGCAAACUUCACCGACCUGUCGAUUCUCAACAGUGGUGAGAAACUCUCCAUGGUCUUCACCCUGAAGGAGUGGGGCACUGAGUCACGCAGCUUCACGGUCAAAAACACUCCAACCACCCCAGUGACCAGCACCGACGGGAACUUCACGUCCAGCCCCUACACCCCGACCACCGACGAUCCAAAGGUCACCACCGACAACAGCAUCUUCGGCUCCAGCACCGCCGUGUCGGCCGGCAGUCUGUGUCUGAUGAGCGUCAUCUACGCUGUGGCCUGCUGCUUCUAUGGCUUCCCCUUUUACUAGACAGUUCUGUGAAGCUAAGAGGGUUUGAUGAAGGAUACCUCAGCGUAUAUUAUAUAUAACAAGUCUGCUAAACAAAACAAAUCUUUGAAUGUGGCUUGGUUUUUAUUUUGUGUUUAAAGGAAAGUUUUCGGAUUAUUGAAUGUGUCGGACAACAGCGCUGUAAAGACUUUUUUUCCUGUUUCUCUUGAGUUCUUUCAUUUUAUUAUUUGUAAAUGUCUUUUUGAAAUGAUUACCCCGCAGGUGUAAGAUUUAGGCUUUCUGUUUCAAAACAGGUGCAAUAGGGUGUAACUUGAAUCUCUAACAAGGUGAAGGAAGAGGUGAAGUUUGCAUGUGAGGAUGACUGUUUCAUUAAAUUCUAUUUUUCAAACAUAA